AUGGGUGACCAUGAGGAAUUUGAAGAUAGCCAAUAUCCUGAUAACAACGACUACGUACCGUAUGUGACCGCCGCUAACCUAGCACAAAAAGUUGGCGCGAAAGUUUGCCUUUGGGGAAGAGUUACAAAAGUUACUGCCACCGAGACCUUUUGUGUUAAAACAGUCGAUGAUCAAGAAGUGGUUAUAAAAUUACAGAAACCCAUUAGCGAACCACUAGAGGGAUGGUACGAAAUUUAUGGAAUAUCUCAAGGACGGUCUGUUGUUUGUGAAGAAUAUGUGCCAUUUUCAGAAGAUAUGACUAAAAACAUUGAUAUCGAAGGUCAUAAAAAUCUUGCAAAACUUCUAUUCGCACUCGAUGAUCCAUGGAAUAUAGGAGAAAAGGAAUAA